AUGAUUGCAAACAUAGAUGAGAUGCCAGUUUAUUUUGAUAUAGCAAGUGCCAUGACCGUGAACACCAAAGGUGCAAAGACUGUUCAUGUUAGAACAACUGGGAAUGAGAAGAACCGAUUUACAGUAGUCUUGACAUGCUUUGUUAAUGGUAGAAAGCUACCACCAAUGGACGAACAGGGAAUGAAUCAAUGGAUAAAGUAUUGGAAUAAUUCUCGACCAGAACCACAUAAUUCGAAAGCAUUGCUAGUCUUAGAUUCUUUUUCAGCUCAUAUUACAGAUCAGAUAAAGGCAGCAUUAUGUUCAGGAAAUACAGAUUUGGCUGUUAUUCCUAGGGGUCUUACUA